AUGGCCAAGAGAUCCAUUGAAAAUGAUGAAGACGAUAGAGUCGUUUCUGCAAGAAUUGAUAUCCAGAAUGCUCACCCUGCUAGAUCUUCCAAUGAAGAUGACACUAAUAUGAUUGGUGAUGAGGAAGGACAAUUCAGCGAUGAUUUUGAAAGUGAUGAGGAAAUCAUCGAAGUGGACGAUGAAGAAGAUGAAGAUCCAGAAUUAAAAAAACAAAAGGCAGAAGAACUAAUAGCCCAAGAUACUCAAGCCGAUGAAACUACCAAUCAAGGUCAAGAGUUGUAUCUACCCCAUUUAUCUCGUCCACUUGGACCAGAUGAAGUUCUCGAGGCUGACCCUUCGGUUUAUGAAAUGUUGCAUAAUGUGAAUGUCCCAUGGCCUUGUAUGACUUUAGAUAUUAUCCCAGAUAAUUUAGGAUCUGAACGUAGAAAUUAUCCGCAAUCACUUUUAAUGGCUACUGCCACUCAAGCAUCCAGAAAGAAGGAAAAUGAAUUAAUGGUUUUAAGUCUUUCCAAUUUGGUUAAAACUUUAGUGAAAGAUGAUGAGGAAGAAGAAGAGGAAGAUGUUGACAAUGAAGAUGAUCGUGAUGAUUCUGAUCCUAUCAUUGAAAAUGAAAAUAUUCCAUUAAGAGACACCACUAAUAGAUUAAAAAUAUCACCAUUUGCAUCUUCUAAAGAAGAAGUUUUAGCUGCCACCAUGAGCGAAAAUGGUGAGGUCUAUAUCUUCGAUUUAGGUCCACAAAGUAAGGCAUUUUCCACGCCUGGUUAUAAAGUUCCAAAAGCUGCAAAAAGGCCAAUCCAUACCGUUAAAAACCAUGGUAAUGUUGAAGGUUAUGCACUAGAUUGGUCACCAUUGACUAAAACCGGCGCCUUAUUAACCGGUGAUUGUUCUGGUCAAAUAUAUUUCACACAAAGACAUACUUCUAAAUGGAUUACUGAUAAGCAACCAUUUACCGUUGCAAAUAAUCAGUCAAUUGAAGAUAUUCAAUGGUCCCGUACAGAAUCAACAGUCUUUGCGUCUGCAGGUUGUGAUGGAUAUAUAAGGAUUUGGGAUACCAGAUCCAAGAAACAUAAGCCUGCUAUUUCAGUAAAGGCCUCAAAUACAGAUGUCAAUGUCAUUAGUUGGAGUGAAAAAUUGGGAUACUUACUUGCAAGUGGUGAUGAUAAUGGUACUUGGGGGGUUUGGGAUUUAAGGCAAUUUUCUCCUGAGAAUGCUGGUAGUGUACAACCUGUGGCACAAUACGACUUCCAUAAAGGUGCUAUUACAUCAAUUAGUUUCAAUCCACUAGAUGAAUCUAUUAUUGCCGUGGGUUCCGAAGAUAAUACUGUUACAUUAUGGGAUUUGUCUGUGGAAGCUGAUGACGAAGAAAUUAAGCAACAAGCUGCUGAGACGAAAGAGUUGCAACAGAUUCCUCCACAAUUAUUAUUUGUUCACUGGCAAAAGGAAGUUAAAGAUGUUAAAUGGCAUAAACAAAUUCCAGGGUGUUUAGUCAGUACCGGUACUGAUGGUCUUAAUAUAUGGAAAACCAUUAGUGUUUAA